GGUCACUCAGUUGUCAUAACACCUGCCGACAUGUCAUCCCACACCGUUGCAGUUUUUCCUGCCUCUGGAGGUAUCGGAGGCGGCACUGUCAAACACCUUCUUCCUCGUCUUCAAGCAGAAGACCUUAUCUUUAUUGCUCGCCAUCCUCAAAAAUUGACGGCCGAGACCAAUGCAGGGGCAACUAUCCGCAAGGCCGAUUACGACAAUGAUAGCGACCUUGAACACGCCUUUGAUGGAGUUCACACCCUCUUCUUGAUCUCGUACGCUUCCGUCGAACAUGAAUAUCGAGCCAAGCGCCAACAACUCGCCAUUGACGCGGCAAUCCGCAGCGGCGUCAAAUACAUCUUCUACGGUUCCUUAGGAUACGGCGGGCCUCCCGAAAGCAAAGAGUCAGUCGCCCAUGUCAUGCAGGCCCAUCUAGAUACCGAACGGUAUCUAGAUGAAUGCACCCGUCGGCACCCCGGGUUCGAGUACACCGUCAUCCGCGAGGGCCUCUACUCCGAGUCCUACCCUCUCUACACCUCCUUCUUUGACCCUACCAGCCCGUCGAGCACGAUCAAGAUCCCCCACGAUGGAUCCGGUCCUGGAAUCGCCUGGGUUAAGCGCGAGGAGCUCGGGGAGGGUUCCGCCGAACUUAUCGCCCGCUUCGUGAAGAAUCCUGAUGAGUUCCAGUACCGUGGGCGGACAGUCUUGUUCACGGGUGGGAAGACACUGACCUUGAAAGAGAGUGUGGAGAUCUUGAGCAAGGUGGCCAAGCGGCUGGUUCAGAUCCAGACCAUCACGCAGGACGAGUUUGCUGCUCUUCCGCAGAAUCAGCAGAACUUCACCUACCAUGGGAUGGAUCAUUCUAAGCUGUGGACUUCGACGUUUGAGGCUUUUCGCCGUGGGGAGGGGGCAUACGUGGAUCCUCUGUUGAAGGAGCUGUUGGGACGGGAACCGGAGGAUUUUGAGACGACUGUUUCGCGACAGUGAGGUGCUGAGUAUGUUGUGGUUGGGGUAGCUUCGAGUAGCACAUGUUUGACCAUAGACUAGACAAAUCG